CCCCAGAACUCCUCGGAGAUGCCGGAGACCAUUACCAGCCGCGAUGCUGCUCGUUUUCCCAUCGUUGCCAGUUGCACCCUUCUGGGGCUCUACCUCUUCUUUAAAGUGAGGGCGUGGGCCGGCAUCCGUGCUGGGACACCGUCGGGCAGCGGUGCUGGGCAGCGUGUCAUGCGGGGCGUCUGUCGAGCUGCCCUUCUCUGCACCUCUCGUUUCAGCCCCGUGAUGAACAGAUUCUUCCCUGCAAAUUUCCCCAACAAACAGUACCAGCUCCUCUUCACCCAGGGCUCCGGGGAGAGCAAGGAGGAAAUAGUCAACUAUGAAUUUGACACCAAGGACCUCGUAUGCCUGGCCCUGAGCAGUGUUGUGGGGGUCUGGUACCUGCUGAGGAAGCACUGGAUUGCCAACAACCUCUUUGGGCUGGCCUUCUCCCUCAACGGGGUGGAGCUCCUGCACUUGAACAACGUCAGCACUGGCUGCAUCUUGCUUGGGGGCCUCUUCAUCUACGACGUCUUCUGGGUCUUUGGCACCAACGUGAUGGUGACAGUUGCCAAAUCGUUCGAGGCCCCGAUAAAACUGGUUUUCCCUCAGGACCUGCUGGAGAAGGGGCUGGAGGCCGACAACUUCGCCAUGCUGGGUCUGGGGGACAUCGUCAUUCCAGGGUGCUGGGCCGGCUCCCUUUCGUCACUGGGCUCUGCUCCCUUUCCCUGCAGCUUAAAGAAGAACACGCACACGUAUUUCUACACCAGCUUCGUGGCCUACAUCUUCGGGCUGGGCCUGACCAUAUUCAUCAUGCACAUCUUCAAGCACGCCCAGCCUGCUCUUCUGUACCUGGUCCCCGCCUGCAUCGGAUUCCCGCUCCUGGUGGCCUUGGCAAAGGGAGAAGUAACCGAAAUGUUCAGCUACGAAUCCUCUGCUGAAAUCUUGCCACACACACCAAGACUUACCCACUUCCCCACAGUGUCCGGCUCGCCGGCCAGCCUUGCUGAUUCCAUGCAGCAGAAACUGUCCUGCCCCCGCCGCCGCCGGCAGCAAAGCCCCAGUGCCAUGUAG